CUUCGUCGGCUACAAUUGGUUGGCUCUUCUCUUGGACUCGGCUCCCUUCGGCUACGUCCGGCCUACUCUCGUCUCAAACUGUUGCAGCGAUCUUCGUCCGGCGAUCCUCCGGCCUCGGCGUUCAUCCGCGGCGUUCGGCCAGCGCUCGGCUCGGCUCGGCUCGGCUCGGCUCGGCUCGGCUCUUUCCGUCCUCAUCGGGCCGCGGCCCCGGAAGGGCUCCUAUGGAGCGGGGCUUCCUGGCUGUACGCAAGGCAAUGGCGCCGCUGUUGGAGUACGAGAGGCAGCUGGUGCUGGAACUGCUCGACAGCGACGGGCUGGUGGUGUGCGCCCGCGGGCUCGGCGCCGACCGGCUCCUCUACCAUUUCCUGCGGCUGCACUGUCACCCGGCCUGCCUGGUGCUGGUGCUCAACACGCAGCCAGCCGAGGAGGAGUACUUUAUCAAUCAGUUGAAGAUAGAAGGAGUCGAACACCUCCCUCGACGCGUGACAAAUGAAAUCACAAGUAACAGUCGUUAUGAAGUGUACACACAAGGUGGUAUUAUAUUUGCAACAAGUCGAAUACUUGUGGUUGAUUUCUUGACUGAUAGAAUACCUUCAGACUUAAUAACUGGCAUCCUCGUGUACAGAGCACACAGGAUCAUCGAGUCCUGCCAAGAAGCCUUCAUCCUGCGUCUCUUCCGCCAGAAGAACAAGCGUGGCUUCAUCAAAGCUUUCACAGACAAUGCUGUUGCUUUUGACACUGGUUUUUGUCAUGUGGAAAGAGUGAUGAGGAACCUUUUUGUGAGGAAUCUCUACCUGUGGCCGAGGUUCCAUGUAGCAGUCAACUCGUUCUUAGAACAACACAAGCCUGAAGUUGUAGAGAUUCACGUGUCCAUGACUCCCGCCAUGCUUUCCAUUCAAACAGCCAUACUAGACAUCUUAAAUGCGUGUCUGAAGGAACUGAAAUGCCACAACCCAUCACUAGAAGUGGAAGAUUUGUCAUUAGAAAAUGCUCUUGGGAAGCCAUUUGACAAGACAAUCCGCCAUUACUUGGACCCUUUAUGGCACCAGCUUGGAGCCAAGACAAAAUCCUUGGUGCAGGAUCUGAAGAUGCUGAGAACCUUGCUGCAGUAUCUCUCUCAGUACGACUGUGUUACAUUCCUGAAUCUUCUGGAAUCUCUGAGAGCAACAGAGAAGGUGUUUGGUCAGAAUUCAGGUUGGCUUUUCCUGGAUGCUAGCACCUCCAUGUUCGUGAAUGCUCGUGCACGAGUUUAUCGUGUUCCAGAUACCAAACUGAACAAAAAGGCCAAAAUGUCUGAAAAGGUGUCGAGUGCAGAAGGGCAAGAAACAAAAAAGGAACUGGUCCUAGAAAGCAACCCAAAGUGGGAGGCAUUAAGUGAAGUCCUAAAAGAAAUCGAAGCAGAGAAUAAGGAGAGUGAAGCCCUUGGAGGCCCAGGCCAGGUGCUGAUCUGUGCGAGCGAUGAGCGCACAUGCUGCCAGCUGAGGGACUACCUGACCAUGGGAGCAGAAGCCUUCCUGCUGCGGCUGUACAGGAAAACCUUUGAGAAGGACAGCAAAGCCGAAGAAGUGUGGGUGAAUUUUAGGAAGGGGGACGGCCCAAAGAGAACUAUGAAAUCUGACAAGAGACCCAAAGACGCUCAAAACAAAGAGCGCGCCCCCACCAAAAAAGGGCCCCCCAAAAGGAAGAAGCGAGAGCUGACUCUGACGCAAGUGAUGAGGACUGCUGAGGAGCCACCAGAGGACGGGGCUGCGGAGGAAGGCCGGCACAGACACGCCGCCGCCGCCGCCGCCGGUAGCCCAGAAGGCUGCGGGCAAGAGAUUGAGCAGGAAGCUUUCGAUUUAAAUUUGUCAUCUGAUGCGGCCUAUGGCAUCCUGAAAGAGCCCUUGACCAUCAUCCAUCCGCUUCUGGGUUGCAGCGACCCCUAUGCCCUGACGCGGGUACUGCACGAGGUGGAGCCCAGAUACGUGGUUCUGUACGAUGCCGAGCUCACCUUUGUCAGGCAGUUGGAGAUCUACAGGGCCAGCAGGCCAGGGAAGCCGCUGAGGGUCUACUUUCUUAUAUAUGGAGGCUCCACGGAAGAACAGCGCUACCUGACGGCUCUGCGAAAAGAAAAGGAGGCAUUUGAAAAGCUCAUCAGGGAAAAGGCUAGCAUGGUUGUCCCCGAAGAACGAGAAGGCAGAGAUGAAACCAACCUGGACUUAGCAAGAGGCACAGUGUCCACAGAUGCUCCCACUGACACUCGAAAAGCUGGUGGCCAGGAGCGUAAUGGCACACAGCCCAGUAUUGUGGUGGACAUGCGUGAGUUUCGGAGUGAGCUGCCGUCCCUGAUCCAUCGGAGGGGCAUCGACAUCGAGCCCGUGACGCUGGAGGUGGGCGAUUACAUCCUGACACCCGAGCUGUGCGUGGAACGCAAAAGCGUGAGCGACCUCAUUGGGUCGCUGCACAGCGGCCGCCUGUACAGCCAGUGCCUAGCCAUGUCACGCUACUACCGGCGGCCGGUGCUGCUCAUCGAGUUUGAUGCGGCCAAGCCCUUCUCCCUGGUGCCGCGCGGUGCCUUCUUCCAGGAUAUGAGCAGCAGCGAUGUGAGCUCCAAGCUCACACUCCUCACCCUGCACUUCCCGCGCCUGCGGCUGCUCUGGUGCCCCUCGCCUCAUGCCACAGCCGAGCUGUUCGAGGAGCUGAAGCAGAACAAGCCUCAGCCCGAUGCGGCCACGGCCAUGGCCAUCACUGCAGACUCGGAAACGCUGCCCGAGUCAGACAAGUAUAACCCCGGGCCCCAAGACUUCGUGCUAAAGAUGCCUGGGAUCAACGCCAAGAACUGUCGCUCCCUGAUGAAUCAAGUGAAGAACAUCGCAGAGUUGGUCUCCCUGUCCCAGGAGCGGCUCACAAGCAUCCUGGGGCAUGCCGGAAACGCCAAGCAGCUGCACGACUUCCUCCACACUGCCUAUGCAGAUGUGGUGUCUGGAGGCAGAGUGAGAAAGUGACCGCGUUCAGAUAGCUGAUCAUUAAUCACUGCAUAGCAGUUCAUUCUUCCCCAGGGCUUUUGGGACGGGCACUCUAUCUAUCCCCGACGAUUUCCCACGGAGCUCUGGGCUGAGAUGUGUCCUUACCUCCCCCUGCUGGUUCUCGCUCCUCAGUGCCCGGUCUAUGCUAGGCUUGCCCUGUUCCAUUUUAAAUCAAGCAUGGCGGGAUUAUGCCGCGUGAAGCAAGCAGAGCUGAUGUUUGCUGCUCAAGCUAGUAAAAAAAAACUCCAUCGUGUUCCUAGCACUGUCUACACAGGGUAUGGUAGAACUGAGACAGCGCUGCUGUUCCUAACAUUCUCUCCAGCCAUGUUCAGCUUCUUCACCUCCCACUCACAGGGACAAGCCAGCCCACUAGUCUCCUGGUCAUCACAUAUAUGUACAUGUACUAUGACUUGGUUGUUUAAACCAGUGCUUUGGCAAAAAUUGUUUGUUGACAAGAUUUGAUGAGGUCAUGAAGGACUCCCCAGAAUUCUUGGUUUUCUCAAUGUUUGACCUUCAAAUUCCUACUCUAAGCCCAAAUCACAUCAGAAGUCUUCAGACCUCCUCCCACCCCACGUGUCACUGACGUCAUCCACACGUCAGUGACGCCAGCGUCAUCCCAGAAGCGCACCAUCUCUGCCGUGCCCACGCUCCUGUGCUGACGGCCUCUCCUGCCUGAAGGAGGCCUAGACCAGAUCAGAGGAGGUCCAGGUGCUUUCUAGAUGUGGGUUUUUCUCCUUCACAUUAAACAAUUGUAGAUAAAUGGAAGAUCAGUGCAGAGAAUGCAUAAGAAUUCAAAAGAAAUACAUAGAUGUUUAAGACCCACAAACCAAUCUAAAUGGUUGCUUUAGAUUGGCCUUUCUGUGCUAACACGGGAUUCACCGCAUCUUCAUGCUGUUUGCAGACUGAUACUUGAGUGCUAGCCGUCGGGUGUUACGAGCAGUACGUUUUCUACCUCAAGAGCUGAUGCCAACAUGAAUUCUAGCCUUGCCACGUGACUUCCUCAGUGUCAGCCGCCAAACUGAUCAAAAGUGGACCUUGUAGCAAAAAUACUGUCUUCUCUGACUUUAACAAAAGCACUUUGAGCUGAGCUCUCCUGUUGACAUCAUGAUUUAUUGGUACUUAAGAGUACCGUUAUCCCUCAGUGUCCAUGGGCAGUUGCUUUCAGGAUCCUCUGAUGGUGCAAAGUCUGGGUGCUGCUGUCCUUCUUAUAACCUCUGCCUCCUGUGAACUUGAGACCACCUCUAGGUGGCUUACAGCAACUGAUGCAGGUGUGUAAGGGGCUGUCCCCCUGUGCUGUCCUAGGGGUAGCGGUAAGAGUCUGCAUGUUUAGUAGAGAUGCAUUUGUUUCCUGUAUUUCCAAUCCUUGGUUGGUUAAAUUGGAGGAUGUAGAGGACAGCUCAGGAGGAUCUGUCGUCCUGUCCAGGGCCCUGAAUGAACUGAGAGCGUCAAGACCCAGUUGAUUAUUGGGGGCUUCUGUUAUGUGGUGUGGAAAAUAGGGAGGAGAUUAGAAAGUAAGCUUAAGGUGGAAAAGGAAUCUGAGCUACUUGCUUCAUCCCAGGGAUAAAAAUGUAUUUGCCUUCUGGACGAGGACAGAACUGUCUGGUGAUGCCGAGUGUUCGCUGUGGCUCCCACCUCCUUGACAUGGGUGGAUCAUUUCACUUCUGCUUCUGGUGCACAGUCUCUUCUCUGUGUAAUUCCACCCCCUUUUCUGUUGUUUGUUCCAUAAAACAAAAAUCAUAACAUAGCACAUGCUAUGAUGGGUCUUUCAUUCAGAAUUAAAUUUUCAAAGCCAUCAUUUUAAACCUAGUGCAACAGUGUUUAACACACUGACUUCCAGGUCCGUCAGCUCCCCAUGUCAGCUGUUCACUGUGGCUCGUGUGGGAUAAGCAGCCACACAGUCUGCAGCAGGCUUGAACGUGACUGAGGGUGUCCACUGUCUUGGGUGAAGACACCACUUUUCCUGAUUGUCUCAUCUGUCUCCAGGUGUGGAACCCUUCCAGUACGUCCAUCGGUUGUUUGGUUUUCUCGGGGUUUGUUUGUUUUGUUUGUUUGUUUGUUUGUUUAACUUUUUUUUAGAAUCUUUGCUAAAGGAACAGGAAGCUGCAAAGAGAAAGUCUGUUGUUUCCCAACAGCGUUUUGCUGCCUUUGAAUUUCUUGUUGUUCAAAAUCAUAGAUACCCAGUUUACUGAUGAGCUCCUGAGUAGCUCUUAAAAGACCUUCAAAAGCUAGGUCAGCAUCAUGGUUACAAGCUGUUUAUAUAAAGCCUUGUACCUAAAAAUUACAAGGAAUUACCCUUGGGUUUACUUGCUUAAAUCCUAGCACCUUUCUUGGUGUUUUCUUAAAAUAAUAUGAGCAGAUAUCCUACUUAAUAGUAGCCAUCAAGCAAAUCGUGGUGGCACACAGCCCUAAUCCCAGCUCUGGGGAAGAAGAGGCAGGUGGAUCUCAAAAAACAAAAAGUGGCGACCGUCAAUACUGUCCUCAAGUAGUGGCUGUCCCUUUGGUGGAUGAUCACCAGACUGUAGGCCUGCAGAUGUCUGAGUGCUUUAUGGUGCAAUCCUAGUUCACAGGGAACUGGAAAUGAUCUCAUCCAGCCCCAUCGGGUCUGGGAAGUGUUGAGGUGCAGGGACCAGGCGGAGGAAGGAGGCUCAACUCUGGCCUUUCCUUUUGUUUUCCCAGCAGAAUUUGAUUUCAUGUUGCCUUGGAGAACAUCUCAAGAGAGGGGUGUGUGUGUGUGUGUGUGUGUGUGUGUGUGUGUGUGUGUGUGUGUUCAUUCAGCAUCUUCCUCAGCUUUGUGGGCAAAAAAAGGUUUUCAUUAUAUAGAAUCGAUGGUUAAAGUGGGUUUGCUCUGGAUUGCUGCUUCUGUCUGGCGCCUAGGAAUCCACACUCGAGGUCGUCAACACACCAUCCUCAGUUGUUCCUUCUGUGCAUGCUGCCACAUCUUAUGAAAGGAGGUGGAGAAGAAAAGCUCUUGUCCUUUGGAAAUACCAAUUUGUUGAAAACAAUAAGUGUGUGGCAUCUGGGGCAUCCAAACAAAGAGUCAUCUCCUGUACUUUUAUUCCUUUUAACUCAAAAGUUAGAAGUGGGAUUUAUGAUUUCUUGAACAAGUUUAAUUAUAGAUUGAAUUGGGUCACCAGUAUGGUGUCCCGGGCGCUGCCUCUGCUUUGACGGUCCUUGCACAGCCCUUUCUAAAGUAUGAAGACUAGCUCUCUUUUGAUGCUUUACCCUUUGAAUAAAGACUGGCAAACUGCUGAA